AGGCCGAGGUCGGAGAUGUUUUAGGCGUAACAAAAAAAAAAAAAAAAAAAAAAAUACAGAUUUCAGAGGUAUUGUAUCCGGAUAUCCUUUCUUCUCCGAAAGGAGAGCAAGGUCCAAUUUAGGGUUUUGAAGCCGAUUUGGCAAUUCUGCAAUUCUGUUGUAGGAGUAAAAUCUUACAAAUUGUUGUAGUUAUUGAAAUCGUUGUUGUUGCAAGGAAGAAGAGACAUGAAGCGGAAGCGUGGGCACAAGAACAAGAAAGGAAAGGCUAAAGGGCCUCCUGUUGUUGUCGCUGGCGAUAAUGACGAUUCCGGGAUGGACGUUGAUACUCCGCACCAAGAUGGCUCCAUUGGCAAAGCAGUGGGCAGAGUUAAAGUAAAGCUUAUGACUCCGAAAACAAUCGAAUCUCAAAGUGAUACGGAUAAGAGUAGUCAGCAAAUGCUGUCUGACAGCGCUAAUUCAUCAAAGAAACCUGCUGGGAGUUUAACCAUCAAGUCAUCCAAGUCACUGGGGUCGACGAGUUCUCAAUAUAACAAGCAAGACUUAGAUACUGCACUCCUGAUUAUAAAGAAGGUAAUGAAAAUGGAUGCUGCUGAACCCUUUAAUGUCCCUGUCAAUCCUGAAGCGUUGGGAAUACCUGAUUAUUUUGAUGUCAUAGAUACACCAAUGGACUUUGGAACAAUAUGCACCAACCUUGAACUGGGUCUUAAAUAUAAGAAUUCUGAGGACGUAUACAAAGAUGUUCAGUAUAUUUGGGACAACUGUCAUAAGUAUAACAAUAAGGGCGACUACAUUUUGGAUCUCAUGAGGCGGGUGAAGAAGAACUUUGCAAAGUAUUGGACAGCAGCUGGGUUAUACAGCGGACCAUCAAUAGGAACUAGUGGUGUUGAAAGCAGUCAAGAGAAUAUCUCACCAUCUGAUCAGAAGAAAGUGCACAUGAAAGGUAGCCAAAUAAAGCAGAAGGCACGAAAGAGUCAUGGAAGGCGUCACAAAUCCGACUGCUUAUGUGCUAUUUGUGUUCUAAAACGCCGUAGAAGGGAGCGUGAGGAGAAUGCUCAGAUUGUUAAGAGCCCACUUGGAGCUAGUGAUAACAAUCUUUCCCAGGAGUUCAGGCAAGAGGAAUCUUCACAUGCGGAGAGUCCUUCUGGUGAAAAUUCAUCUUCGAAUAUGGAUGGAUCAUUGGACCCGAAUGCAGAUGUUCAGGUGGAAGAAACAGAAGAGGCAAAAAUGGGAGCAUCCAAGCAGCAGUUUGGUUCCCCGUCGAGGGAGAAGCAGGAGGAGGAGGAAGAUGACGAUGAAGAGGAUGAGGAAGAGAGUGAGACGGAGAUGAAAGAUGAAGGUAAUGGUGAGGGACUACAGCAGCUUGACAAAUCAAGAGAGGAGCCUGAUGUACCAUUGCAGCCAACGAUAUCUGAAAAGCUUGAUGCUGGGAUGCAAACUGAUGCACAAAGGAAUGCUUCAGCACAGCAUGAGGAAGGAAUUGAAGCAGAUAAUCAAGAGAAGGAAGCGCAGGAAAUACAUAAGAAACUAAAAGCAUCUGAAAACCUGCAAUUCGAAAAUCCCAUGCUUGUAGAUCUCUGUGGGAUUCUCUUCCCCAAGAAUAGCAAGUCGAUCUGGAAUGGACCUCAUUCACUAGUCCAGCAACGCACUUCUCAUACUAGUUCGAUUCAUGCAGUUAUUAACAUGCUUAUGAAGUAGGUGAUAUUAUAUAUAUGGGAGAGAUGUAUGGUCAAUAAUCUGUAUGUUUGGAGUCAAAGAUUCUAUUUUGCUUAAAUUAAUGAUUCAAUUUUGCUUAAAUUAAUAAUUUUUUACU